AUGUCUUAUCUCUUGCCAACAUUAAGAUCAUAUAAGGAAUCGGCGAUUGUUGUCCGAAAGUGCCCGUCCAAGACCGUAGUGGAUGACCCGAGCCCACCGAUGGGGCCGUUCCGCAUGGCUGAUAGGGCUUCGGAUCGGACUGGUGGGGUUUUGGCGGACCCUGAGCGGAGCCAGCUUGACGUCACCUAUACAACGGACCGAAACUGUGCGCCGAAAUAUACGAAACGGGUACCAGAUUGGCAGCAGAAUAACGAACCGAGUCUUGAUUCCGCAGGAGGUAGUGGAGGCGGCAGGAAGUUGCUUGCAUGCAUUACUACCGUCGACAAUGCCUCUUUCUCUGACGGUGACCGUAUUGGCGUCAUGGAUGCUGUGCUUGACGGUGGAUACUCCUUGAUACAUUAG